AGAAGCCUCGGCUGUUCGCUGUGUCCACUUCCGGGGGGAAAGGGCCGUGGGAUCUCGGACUGAGGGGGCCGGCCGGGAGCUGCUCCCGGGGUCCGGGCUGGGAAAGCAGGGGGCGUGGGGCCCGCUCGCCGGGGCCAUGGACGAGGAUGGGCUGCCUCUGAUGGGGUCGGGCAUAGACCUGACCAAGGUGCCAGCAAUUCAACAGAAAAGGACUGUUGCAUUUCUAAACCAGUUUGUGGUACAUACUGUACAGUUCCUCAACCGAUUUUCUACAGUUUGUGAAGAGAAGUUGUCAGCUCUUUCUCUCCGGAUCCAACAAAUUGAAACAACUCUCAAUAUUUUGGAUGCAAAGCUGUCAUCUAUUCCGGGUCUAGAAGAUGUUAAAUUUGAAAUAUCUACUGCAAAUGUAAAUGGUGUUACAAGUGGUCCUGAAGCCCCCUCAGGUCAACAGUCAUCUCUGUCUCCUCAAUCUGAGCAGAAGAGUAUACAAGACACUGGACCACAGAAAUGUGAAGCGGCCGCAGAACAUAUCUUAACUGUAGCCAAGGAUCCAAGAUAUGCCAGAUAUCUCAAAAUGGUUCAAGUGGGUGUUCCUGUGAUAGCAAUAAGAAACAAAAUGAUAUCUGAAGGACUGGACCCAGAUCUUCUUGAGAGGCCAGACGCCCCAGUGCCUGAUGGGGAAGAUGAAGCAAAUGCCAAAGAGAGUUCAGAUAGUGAAUCUUCUUUUAGUGACUGAACUUCAUGUUGACCGUAUAGAAUUUUUAUAUCUACAUAAUAUAUACUGCAUAGGAGGGAUGUUUUGACAGCUCAUAUGCUUUAGACUUAAGGUGAAAUCCACUUCUAUUAUAUUGGAGGAUGACAACUUUCAGAGAUCACCUCUCUUACAAAAUAUUUACUAGCCUGAGAUUUUUCAGCUCAUCAUAAGGGCUUCUUAUCACAGGUUGAAAAAUAUUAUCUAGGAGUCAUCUUAAUUUGUGCAAAUUUUCUAUAAUGACUAACUUGAGUUUUGUCUGACCCAUAAAGGAAUUAAUAACCAGCCACACAAUCAGCGAAAAAAUUAUUUCUGUGUUUUAAAAAUGCCAAGGAUUUUUUAUUGUCAUGGUAGACAAGUAACUUGACAGUGUGCAUCCUAUUACCACAUGGAAGCAUCUAUAACCCCAGUGUACCUGAAUAAGUAAAAAUUGAAUAGCCUAAUUAAAAUAAAGCAUAAUGGUAUUACAGGCACUAAGCUGUGAUACUUGAGUGAUGCAAUGGAAGUUGAAAGACAAAAACCAUUUACUUUGAGUUUAAUAACAGGUAAUAUACUUCCUAAUUAGCUCUACCCAAACAUUGAACUUGGUUAAGUUGUGUAGGCUAUUUGUACUAAUCAUUUCAGCAUGAAAAUAUUCACAUUGAGUUCACUUCCAUAACAUUUACUAAAUAAUUUUCUGUCCAAACGACAACACAGUUCAAAAUCGCCAAAUUACCUAUGGAGACUUCAAGGUGUGGUUGUGAAGAGGUUCUAGAGAACUAGAGAACAGCCCCUUUCAGCACUUGGUCGUCAUAUAUUACCAGGGUCAGAGGUAACAAUCAACACUGGCUGUCAAUGCAAUGUCCUCUUGAAAAAGAGUUAGGUAAGCAUCUGUGUUACCCCUUAUGAUUCACUGCUCAAAAAGAGCAAUUAAUUUGCACGUAUUGUAGGAGCCUCUCACCUGUAGAGACAAUCCUCUAUAAACAAUGGUGCACAACAGGGAAUAGUUUAAGAAGUCUUGAAACAUCUGUUACGUGGAGAUAUUGAGAAACUUAGUGGAUGCUGCUAUUUCCCAGUCAAUUGAAUUAACCUAAAUUUACUGUUUUACUCCAGAAGUAUAGAAUGGUUCUAUUUCUCCUUUGAUCUGAAGCUAGAUUUGAUGCUAAGCCAUACUUAAGACUUCCAGAAUUUUUCUAUUUAAAAAUUUAUUUUUAAAAAAAUCUACCAAUAAUGAGCCAAGGAUCAACAAUAAACAAAUCUAUAUCUUUAUAGUCUAUUGUAAUUAUGAUAUACAUUUUAAAUGUUUCCCUUGACACACAACCCACCAAGUUUCCUUACAUCUGUGAGCAGAACAUGGCUUCUCUUAAAGGAUGAAUGGUGUCCAUGUGCUCUUAGGAAGCGUCACCCAGGCAACACUAUUUAGUAAAACUGCUUUGUUCCUGAACAGGUUGCUCUAAAUAACAAGCUCCAUCUUCAGAGUUCACAAAGUAUGGAAAUUCCCACAUUUUAAUCUUGUAAUGUAGCAAUGUUACAAUGUUGCCAGUGUGGCAGUCAUUAAAAAUAAUUUAUUUUGCCUUCUUUUUCUUAAAAUGUUAAUAAGCUAAAGGAUGAAAAUCAGUGUCACUGUGGUGGCUACCUCGGUCUGUCAGGGUUGGACAGGCCAUCUGUUUUUUUUCAUUGAAGUCUUGGGGUGCUGACUCCACAGAUGGCAGCAGCUCAUAGAUGUCGAUGAGAUUAAAUAGAUCUUGUACUGCCUUUCUCUGCCCUCCCACAAGUUGUGGUAUUUCUCUAGAUCUUGUUAAACACCUGAGUAAACAGCUAAGAAGGCUAAAACGUAAGCCGACAAACCUCACGUUUUACAAUAUACUGUAAAAUGGGUUCAGAAUCCCAGCUCUUUGUGAUCUUGGGCAGCUCAGCCUGCCUCUCUGAGCCUCAGCUUCCUCUUUUUAAAAGAAAAGACUUGAACUGGAUGAUUCCUGAGGUCCCUUCAGCUCUAAAUCAUAGGAGUUAGAUAUAAUACAUAUUUUUGCUACAUAGUUAAUCUUGUUAGUACAUUUUCAGCAAUAAACAAUCUCACAAAUAUGAAUAAAAAUAUUUUCAGCAUGUGGACAUCAUCUCGUCCAGUUUUCUCGUCUUGCAGGUGAAGCAGUGAAUGCCAAGAAAGGUUAAAGUGAUUUAAGAAAUUAAAAAUAAUUUCAUUUAUAUCGAUGAGAAAUGCUUGCUUUGGCCAUUAUAUUCCUAUGUAUUAAAAUACUAAUCCUACUUUGUAAGAACUUACCAAAUAGAUUUUAAUAAUCUUAUUAAACUUGCCUUUUGUAAGCUA